AUGUUUAAGGGUACUUACGUAUUAGCGCCACCGCGCCAAAAAUUCUGGUCUAACAAAUAUUUGCAGAAGUCAGCCAUCACAAGAGUCUGCGCCGUCGGAGGCUUUUUUAUUUCUAUACCCGUAUUUUUAACAGGUAUAAUACUUUACACAUUCAUCCAGUUCCACUCUACACCCGCAAUAGUCACAUCGGUAUUUAUCGGUGUGGGCAUCAUAUUCUGCGGGUGCGCUAUGGUUCACAACGUGUUCGUAUGGCAGAAGGAAAAGACCAAUUUGGUGAAAGCAUUUCGUACACAAGAAAUUGCAAUGAAUACAUCGAACGGUGUGGUUAUGAAUGGACAUUUGAAUAACACUGGGGCCGGCAAUGUUAGCUUUCACAGCAUGACUGCGCCGUAUACGCAUCCAAUCACGCUUUUGCAGCAGGGCGGGCCUUAUAUUAUUAGGCCUCCAACAAGUACACCACCUGGUGAAGGUGCCGCAACUCCAGGUGUCCCAGCUGCUACCAUCGAUUUAAGCCACGAUACACACGAACUUAGCACACUCGUCUAA